ACAAACCACCAUUUUCAUGUAACAACAAAUAUUGAUUCCCUAAGUUUUAAAUGUUUUUUUUACUAUAUCAUCAAUCAUGGUGAACAACACACUUUCAUCUUUAUAAAUACUCACAAUUUCCCUCUCAUUCACUCACUACCUUUUACUCAGUUUUCAAUCAAUGGCUGCAAAUUCAGAUGAGAUCAAGAAUGUUGAAGAAUCAAAAGUUCAUGUAUUCUCAUCAUCAUCAGAGCUGCUUGAGAAGUUGCAUAAGCAGUGGAGUUCAGUUGAGAAGGUACCAUAUCCAGCAAUGUAUUCUAGUGUUUAUGGUGGGAUCAUUCUUGAUCCGGCAAUGAUGGUCAUUCCUAUAGACGAUCAUAUGGUGCAUCGAGGACAUGGUGUGUUUGAUACUGCCAUCAUUCUUGAUGGCUACAUAUAUGAAUUGGAUGGUCAUCUUGAUCGGUUCCUUCUAUCAGCAGGAAGAGCAAAGAUCUCAUCUCCAUUUCCAAAAUCAACUCUUCGCACCAUCAUCAUCCAACUGACAGCAGCAUCAAACUGCAAGAAAGGAACUUUAAGAUACUGGUUAAGUGCUGGGCCAGGCGAUUUCUUACUAUCUAAUUCAGGGUGCCCAACGUCUGCAUUCUAUGCAGUUGUUAUAGAUGAAGAGUUUGCACAACAUAGAGAAGGCGUGAAAGUGAUAACUUCCACAAUCCCUAUGAAAGUACCUCUAUUUGCUACAAGCAAAAACGUGAAUUACCUCCCGAAUGUUCUCUCAAAGUUAGAAGCUGAAGAGAAAGGCGCAUUUGCAUCCAUUUGGGUCGAUGAUGAAGGGUUUGUAGCCGAGGGUCCAAAUGUGAAUGUGGGUUUUGUGACCCAUGAUAAAGAGCUUAUUUUACCUUAUUUUGAAAAGAUUUUAAGUGGCUGCACUGCAAAACGACUUCUUGAGUUAGCUCCAAAGUUAGUUGAAAACGGGCGUUUGAAAAGUGUGAAAGUUGGGAAUAUAACUGUUGAGGAAGCGAAACAAGCAGCUGAAAUGAUGUAUAUUGGAAGCACGCUUCCUGUACUACCAAUUAUCGAGUGGGAUGAAAAGCCUAUUGGCGAUGGUAAAGUCGGGGAGUUGACAAUGGCAUUAUCAGACCUUGUUUGGGACGAUAUGGUGGCAGGGCCCGAGACUCAUAGGUUAAAAGUUCCUUAUGCUUAAAAGAACACUGAAAUUUAUGAAUGUAACUGGUGUUGUAUCAUUUGUUUGUGAUGUAUGAAAUUGAAAUUAAAAUCUGAAUAAAAGUUCGGCUCUGUUUUUUCCA